AUGGCAAAGCUCCUCAGCCUACUAAUGUUUAUACUUUUCAUCUUCUUUUUCACCCCUACUCUCUCUUGUCCUCCUGAAUGUCAAAAACAAGCCCUUCUUCAGUUUACAGCCUCUCUCGCCAAUCAUACUGAUGAUGUUAGCUUAAAAUAUUGGAAUUCCAGCUCAGAUGGUUGUUUGUUCCCCUUUGUCACGUGUAGUUCGAGCAAUGUGGUUCAAAUAGUUCUGGGGGACCUCAACCCUUAUCGGGAACCAGGGCGAGUACUGUGGAAUUCCACCAUCUUGACACCACUAUUUCACAUUCGAACCUUGACAUACCUUGACUUGUCCUUCAAUGAAAUACAAGGAGAAUUGCCACGCGACGGCUUUGCCAAUCUAAGCAAAUUAGAGUAUCUAUAUUUGCGGGGCAAUGACUUCAAUGGCUCCCUUCCUUCUCAACUUUUGCAAUUGAGGUCUCUUCAAUUUCUUGAUAUGGCUGACAAUUCAUUCCAUGGAAAUAUACCCCCGGAGAUAGGGAAUAUGACAAAGUUGAGCUACUUGUCUUUUAGCAACAACUAUUUCUCUGGCGAAAUUCCAACCUCAAUUGUGAGUUUGAAGGAAUUGACAACAUUGGACUUAAGCUUCAAUUCAUUGUCAUUGGAAAUUCCUAUUGAUCUUGGCAAUCUAUCUAACAUAGACCAUUUGGACUUGAGCUACAACAAUCUCACAGGGAAGCUUCCUAAAUUCAUCUCCAACAUUAAACUUUGUUUAUUGGACUUGUCAAACAACAAAUUUUCUGGCAACACUCUACCAGAUUUUAGCUCCAAUGUAAAUCUCCGAAUCAUUGAUUUAUCUUCAAAUGAAUUCUCAGGUGAAAUUUCAACAAACUUUUCCCAAAAAACUUCAUUUCUCUCAUUGGGAAAAAAUAAGUUUAGUAGCUUCCCUAGAAAUCUUACUUAUAUGAGCAACCUUCAAUACCUAGGCAUCCAUGACAACAAAAUCACAGGUGAAUUGUCAAAUUCUAUCUGUCAAAUAUCCACCCUUCAAAUCCUAAUUUUACGAAACAAUUCCCUUCAAGGCUCAAUCCCUGAUUGUAUUUUCAAUCUUCCUAGCCUCCAAAUUCUUGAUCUGUCGAUCAACCAUCUUGUUGGAAAAAUCCCUACAAAUCUUGGAAAUCUUACUGGUAUGAUUGAAACGCCUGGAGAAAUCUUUUCAGGGUUUGGAAAUAUGGAAACUGCCUAUCUUGGAAGACCGGAAACCCGUGUUCUUAUUAUGCUUGGAAAUUGGAACAAGCCAAAACGUGUUAUGUCAUUCAAGACUAAUGAUCUGAUUGUGAAUUGGAAGAAGUCAAUACAAGGUUUGUCAUUUGACAACCUCAAGGGCUAUUCCUUGUUAGACUUGUCAAUGAACCAACUUUCUAGUGAAAUUCCAGCUUCAUUAGGAAGUCUGAAGGCUCUAAAAAUUUUCAACAUCUCACAUAACAACCUUUUUGGGAGGAUAAUAGCAAAUCUUGGUGAUUUAGAGAAUCUAGAGAGUUUGGACUUGUCACACAAUAAUCUGUCAGGCUCUAUUCCACAAUCCAUAGCAAAGUUGCUACAGUUGACUAUUUUUGAUGUGAGUAAUAACAAACUCAAAGGUAAGAUUCCAGAAGGUAGCCAAAUGGAUACAAUGAAUGAUCCAAAAAGUUAUGCCAACAACAGUGGGUUGUGUGGAAUGCAAAUUCAAGUGCCAUGCUCAGAACAUCUAUCGCCAACAAAACCACCAGAGCUUAAGAGUAAGGAAACAUGGUUCUCAUGGGAAAGAGCGGGGAUUGGAUAUGCGGUUGGCUUCUUUGUAGCAGUGGGAAUCUCAUAUCUAAGUAAUUCCUGCAAAACCUUCAAUUAUUACAGUCAACAAAGAAGGCGAAGGGUAUAAAUUUCAAGUUUCCUACAAGUUAUGCAUGAAGUCUUCUACGAACAUUGUACAGAAAAAGGUGUUAUGUUGUUUGUGGGAGAUCCCAUUACUGUUUUAGAUUGUUUGGUUAUUGUUUUUGUUGUAAUAUAGUAGCCAGUGAGGCUUAUUUCUUAUUGUCUUAGUGUUUCUGCUUUUUUUUUUUUUUUUGGUUAUGUUUAAGUUUUGUUUGUCUGUUUGCACCCUUUUCGCACGUUGUACUGUUGCUUGUUUAUGUAGGA